CCUGCCGUCAUUCGCCGCAUAGACACACAUACACAGAUGGCAUGGCUUCUGUGCGCGACUCGACUUACCUAGCAACACACAACACGACACACAAAUGCAUGCACGCCUCUCCGUGGCUCCAAAAUCUCAAGGCUUGCUUGGUGCUUUUCUUCCGGUCCAUCCAAAAUCUACUUACUGCACACCACACCACCAAACCCACCCAUCGACGCUUCCAGCCACGCACACACAGACAGACACGCCCAUGCACGUGUCACGUGCAUCCACACAGCAGCACACAUAGCAAUGCGUCGAUAAAGAGAGAGAGACAAAGUGUGUACCGAUCUUUCCUCCCUCUAUAUGUCACUCAUUCUUCUGGCUGGAGGUGCUUCUCCAGCCUCGACUUGACCCAGGGGGCAAGCUCGGUGUUGCUUGGGUCCCGCUUGUGUGUGCGGUAGUAGAGCGACCAGUGCGCCGUCUGCUGUGGGGCGAAGGCGCCGUCCUCCCAUAUGGCCAUCAGCCGCUGCGGGAAGGGGCCCACCUCGAUAGACCCAAGCCGACGCUGACGCUCGUACGGAUAGGACAAGGCCAGCUGCACAGAUAGAUCACACCCAUCCAUCCAUCCAUCCACCGGCCGAUGGAUGGAUUCACUUGUUUGUUUGUGACGCAGGCAGAGAGUUGUGUGCGUGUGCGUGUGUUGUGUUGUGUUGCGUGCACGGCACACCUGGAGGAAUCGUGUGCCGUUGAUCUGUGUGUCCCAUCCGAAAUGGGUGUGGCCGAACACGUGCAUGUCGGGCCGAAGGCGCGCCACCCGCUGGCCGAGCAGGUCGCUGCCGACGGCCUUGGGCAGGUUUGGGUAGAAGAGGAACCGCUUCUCGGGCAGCAGAUCGAGUCGCGGCAGAAAGUGAGAAAACGAUAUCACCUGCUCCACAGACCUGGUGGGCCCAUCACACCACACCACACAUGGCAUGGCCAUUCAUCUCAUCACUCCCUCCCUCCCUCCCUCCGUCCCUAUUACUUACACGUCGAUGUCGUCCCACGAUCUGAUGUUCCUCUUGCCCGAACCGUUCAGCCGCCUGUCGUUCAUCUGGUCGAAAUACUCUGCGAGUGCUCGGCUGCCGUCGGCCGCCGAGAGGCCGUCGGGCCACCGACACGUCGCGAAAUCCGUGAUGACCUGCUCGACAGGCGGCAGCGGCAGAUUGGGGAUGUCGGGCUCGGUGUCGAAGUCGGUGUGGUACCAGGACAGCAGCGGCACUACCCAAAUGGUGCCCUCACUGGGGUUGCUGCUGCGGUCACUUGGUGGGGGGGCGGGGGGCGUGUUCUCUGUCCAUUGUCGCUGCCAGGCCAGGCGCUUGGGUGUGGUGACGAUGCCCAUCUCGUCGCACAUGGUGAAGAUGUACUGGAGCUUGGCAGCAGAGUCGGCGAACUUGGGGUUGCUGCUGCUGCCGCUGCUGCUGCCGUUGCCGCUGCUUCUGGUGUGUGUUGGGUUGCGGGAGGGGGAGGGGGAGUGGAAGACCUCAUCGCGUGUGACCCAUACAUCGUGAUUGCCUGCAGCAGCACGGCAGGCAUCAGUCAGUGUCAGUCGCCGUGCUGUGUCUGUCGUGUUCUGUCAGUCGUGUGUGAUCAGGAUCAGAUCUAUCAGCGCACCUGGUACGAAGAAUACUGAUUGAUGCACAUCAAUCAACAAACCACACACACACACGCAGGUGUGGCGUGAAGGAAGGCAUGUGUCCAACACGGUUGGUGCUUGUCUGUCUUCUUACUUACCGUGUCCGAAUUUCUCAGUGAACAGCUGCAGUGUGGUCCGGAGAGUGGCGAGGCGGUCGCUGACAUCGCCGGCCACUAUAACGGCGUCUUCCUUGUAGGCCGUCUGGGAGAGGCCCUGCACGUACUCGAGGUUGGCACGAUAGUCGGUGUGAACAUCACUGAUGGCAAAGAUGCGCAUGAUCUCUCGAAAGACGCCCGAGCUACGCGGGCUAGCCGGAAAUAAUGAGACACACAU